AUGGUGAAGCAGCUCAAAGGUAAGGAAAUACCUUUGGUUGAGCUAAUUUGGGGAGGAGCUACACCUAAAAGUGCUACAUGGGAGCUAGAGGAGAAGAUAAAGGAUUCAUAUCUGGACCUCUUUGUUCAGCCGUGUGUGGCCAACCUUCCAUCAACCAACAUUCUUCAACCUCCGUCAACACCAUCUUUUGCUAAAAUCUUGACUACAAACUUGGCUUCAACAUGUGAUCUCCCUCUCCCUAAGCCUUGCCGGAAGGGAGACUCCAUUGCUGUAAAAAUUUCGGAGCAAGAUUACCAAGAAGGACUCCUACGUUGCCGCAACCAUCUUCAUGGGAGAGUCUUCUUGGCCAAAGGCCAAAAACCUUUGAAAUUUGUUGAGCUCAAAGAUAAACUCUCUAGGCUAUGGACACAUCUUGCUGGCUGGACAGUCAUCUCUCUUGGACGUGGAUACUUUGAAUUUGAAUUCCAACAUAGCAAGGAUCUUGGCACGGUUCUUGCAGCUGGCUCAUGGAAUUUGGAACCCGGAUUACUUCGACUCUCCCUUUGGAAACUGGACUUCAAUCCAAGAAACUUCAAGAACUCUCUUGCACAUGUUUGGCUAUGGAUUUAUGAGUUGCCUCAGGAAUAUUGGUGCAGCAGGAUCAUCCUUGCCAUAGCCUCGGGUCUAGGCAUACCUAUUGCAAUAGACCAAGCCACGGUACAAAGAUCUUAUGGACACUUUGCACGAGUGUUAGUGGAAGUCAAUCUUGCUGAAGCCAUUCCAGAUCAUUUGCUGGUUGAGAGGGAAGGAUUUGCUUUUUAUGUGACUUUAGAUUUUGACAGGAUCCCUGCAUAUUAUUCUUUAUGCCAAUGCAUUGGACAUGAUAAUUUUCUUGUAACAUUCAAAAACCUGUAG